UCUUUCUCUCUGUUUUUCUUUUUUUCUUUUAUUUUUAUGUACUUUUAUUUUUUUUCGUUUUUUAUUUUUGUUUUUGUUUUUGUUUAUUUAUUUUUUUCUCUCUCAUAUGAUGGUGGGAUUUCAAUAUUAUUUCAUACCAAAGGAUUUGUUGUUGUGUGCAAUAUCUUUCUCUACAAGAAAGAAAAAAAUACAAAAAAGAAAAUAAAAAGAAAAAUAAAAGAAAGGGAACCAAAUACUUCUCCACAUUCUAUUUCUCUCUCUAGAUCUACCCCUUUCAACGUUCUGACAACAUUAUUUUUUUUCUGUCAGAACAUUCCAAAUCUCUACUAUUGAUUUCAAACCUAAUUAUAUGAGAAAAAAAAAAAAAAAAAGGUUGUCUUUUUCAUCUGAGAUUGUAGUUGAAGUUGCGUAUACAAAAAAGGGUAGUGAAAAUCAAGAAAUUGAUAGCAAGGUUCUGCUUAUAAAGUGUUUGAUGUUUGAGAUCCCUCUUGCUGAUUAAUGGUGUAUGCAUUCAUUGAUGAAUAUUUGAUUCCAGAAACUUGUAACUCAGUUUUUGAAUUUGUGGAGUUAUUAGAGCGGACAACAGAAUUUGAUCUUGUUCCUGGUACAUGUUUGAUGAAUAAUUCAAUUGCUGGGUCAUUUGGUUGAGAAUGUAAGGGAUGGUAACGGCUACUUUAAUGAAGAUUGUAUCACCCUGUUGGAAACCUUUUGCCGAGGGGGAAAAUUCUAGGAGUGGAGAUUUGAAUGGUCGGGUUGAUGGGUUAUUGUGGCACAAAGAUUCGGGACAACAUGUAAAUGGAGAAUUCUCAAUGGCCGUAAUUCAAGCAAACAAUUUGUUGGAAGACCAUAGUCAACUUGAAUCAGGGUUGAUGAGCUCAGUCGAAUCUGGUCCUUUUGGAACUUUUGUUGGAAUUUAUGAUGGACAUGGAGGUCCAGAAGCAUCCCGGUUUAUAAAUGAGCACCUGUUUGAGAAUAUAAAGACUAUUCAUGGUGCAGAAUUUUCAUCAGAGAAUCAGGCAAUGUCGGCCGAUGUUAUCAACAAAGCAUUUUUGGCGACUGAAGAGGAAUUCCUCUCUCUUGUUAAAAAGCAGUGGCUAAUUAAACCAUUGCUUGCUUCCGUUGGUUCAUGUUGUUUGGUAGGCAUAAUAUGUAGUGGGCUGCUAUACAUUGCAAAUGCAGGAGACUCUCGGGUGGUGUUAGGAAGACUGGAAAAGGAGGUUAAACAGGUAAAAGCUGUUCAAUUAUCAUAUGAGCACAAUGCGAGUAUGGAAUCUGUGAGAGAGGAAUUGCACUCUUUGCAUCCCAAUGAUCCACAGAUUGUGGUUUUAAAGCAUAAGGUGUGGCGUGUGAAGGGUCUGAUACAGGUUUCAAGGUCUAUCGGUGAUGCCUAUCUGAAACGGGCAGAGUUCAAUAAGGAACCUUUAUUGGCAAAGUUCAGACUACCAGAACCCUUCCAGAAGCCAAUCCUUAAAGCCGAACCAACAAUAUCAGUCCAAAAGCUCUACCCUGAAGAUCAGUUUCUUAUAUUUGCAUCGGAUGGUCUCUGGGAGCACUUAAGCAAUCAGGAGGCUGUUGACAUCGUACAGAGUUGUCCACGAAAUGGUAUUGCACGUAAACUUGUCAAAUCUGCUCUUCGUGAAGCGGCAAAGAAAAGAGAAAUGAGGUACUCAGACCUGAAAAAGAUUGAUCGAGGGGUGAGGAGACACUUUCACGAUGAUAUCACGGUUAUAGUCUUGUUUCUUGAUUCACACCUCAUCAGUCGAAGCUUCUGGCGUGGGCCAUCUAUUUCAAUCAAAGGAGGUGGUGGUAUAUUGGCUAACACAUAGUUCAAGAGGUCAGCAUAUUGGGUUUCCUAGAUAAUGGAGCUUACGUAAAAGCCUCCAAUUGCCUUGCUGAUGAUUUGGUGGCCAGCGGAUUGGUAUAGAACAGAAUACUCACAACUUUUCUAAAGCAAUCUUUGCUAAUCAACACAACUUGUUGAAGAGUUAUGAAUGCCAGCUUCAGGUGUUCCAUGUCUGAAGAAGAUCGUAAAUAGAAAAUCAGAUCAAAGGUUAGGAGAAUAUGAUAUAACUGAAGAACACCAUGACUACACUUUGGGAGGUUUGCUUGCUUGUUUUGCAUUGAAGUUCAUGUUUCGCUUUCAUGCAGUGAAAUGAGCAUCUUCUCAAUGAAAGCAUGUUGUGCUUGUUUCUAUGGUAUUAUACCGUCAGAAUUAUGUUGAUUAUUCAAAAUCACUGUUGGAUAUUCAUCUUGAAUUUUUUCAUCACAACUCAAAAUCUUUUAUAUAGUUUAUACUAUUUCAUUCA